AAGAUGUAUUGUGGUAUAGAUAACACUUGUUACAUUAGAAAGUUUCUAGUCUAGCCUACAUUUGUUAUUGUGCAGAGUAUUGUUUUAGUUCUACGUGUUUUGAACUGCUUUUCAUGUGUAGCUGUGUUUAUGGUGCGUUAAUAAAUACUUGAAAAUCCACAUUAUUUCGUUUGUAUUUAUCACGUGUGAUUUCGUGAAUUGUUUAGAGGUUAUAUAUAUAUUUUGAAAAUGAAUCAAGCGGGCAAGAGGUAUUUGUUAUGGUUCGCACAGGAGCAUGUGGAAUUUCGAUUCCAAGAAAUAAAUUCCUUGCUGACCGCUUUCAAUAUCACCAUGGAUUUCAUUGAAAAACCUACAGAUCUACAACCGUAUUGGAUGGUCAAGUUCGCUUCAGAGCAGGAUGCCAAGAAAAUCACACAAAGAUCUGUCCUUUUGCGCUCCUGCAUCGAACUGUGGGGUCAUUCCAACAGCGUUGAUGGUUUGCACGAGAUGAUGAAGAAGUUCCCUGAACACCUGAUGGAGCCCCAUCUGGACGAGGACAAGAGUUUCAAAAUAGAGGUGGAGACUUUCUGCAAGCAUUUCACGCAGCAGGAGAAAGUCGAUAAAAUCGAGGUGUUUGAGUAUUUACCGUACAAAGGGCCGGUGAAGCUGAAAGAUCCGGACACGUGUUUGCAGUACAUCGAGUAUUACGGGGUGGAUCCGAACGCGCCGCCGGAGUCGCCGUACAGGGUGUUUUUUGGACGGUGGAUUGCGAGCGGUCUGAGGCAGCUCAUCAAGUAUCUGUCGCUGAAAACUCGGAAGUUCAUUGGUAAUACCAGCAUGGACGCGCAGUUGUCUUUGCUGAUGGCCAAUCAGGCUCAAAUCAGGAACGGCGAUCUGGUGUUGGAUCCGUUCGUUGGGACGGGUUCGCUGCUGGUGGCAGCCGCGCAAUUCGGCGGUUACGUUUUGGGUAGCGACAUUGACUACCUGAUGCUGCAUGCAAGGACCAGACCAUCCAGAAUUACUCAACAGGUUCGUGACGACGAUGAAGGAGUGAAAGCUAACAUGAUGCAAUACAAUCUAGAGAAACACUACUUGGACGUUUUAGUCAAUGACUGCUCUAUCCCUUUCUGGAGAGACAAUUUAAUGUUCGACGCAAUCAUUACAGAUCCUCCGUACGGAAUUCGGGAAUCGACGGAGAAAAUCGGAACGUCGAAGGUGAACUGUAAAAUUAGCGAGGACCACCUGAAAACGCACAUUCCGGCCAAGGUCGAGUACAGCCUUUCCACCGUCUACUUUGACCUGCUGAACUUCUCGGCCAAGCAUUUGAAAAUGGGCGGCAGAUUAGUCUGCUGGUUUCCCAUAUUCAGGGACGAUUAUAGUGAAGACGAUCUGCCCAGGCAUCCCUGCAUGAAAUUGGAGGCGAACAGCGAACAAGUACUCACCAAGCACACGUCUCGCAGACUGCUGACUUACGAGAAGAUCGCCGAGUACGAUAACUGCGAGGACGUGGAAAACACGAUCAAGGAUUUCAGGUACAAAUACUACGAGACGAGGGAGGAGUCGAGGCAGGAGAGGCGAUCGAGGAAGGCGGAGCUAAGGGCAAAGGGUAGGCUGGAGGCGGAGAGACGCAAAGUAACGAAACUAUCGGAAUAAUAAAUUUAAAAAAAAAUA